GAGGGAGAGAGAGAGAGAGAGAGGGAGGAUUUUGGUGAUGCGCUGUUCAUUUCAGCACCACAAACCAGCAUCUGAGGGCAGAGAGGAGAUGCUUCUGAAGAUGUGAGAGUGUUGGAGGCACUGACGUCUUUUGCUUCUCAGUCACAUGACAUGCACACCAGGCGUUUGUCCCCCGUGGUCAAGAUGCUCGACUUCAGCUUUGAAAUGGGAAUGGAUGUCCCUGUCCACCUGCUUCCCCGUUAGUCCUCAAUCCCUAUACCUGGAAAAUCCCAACACUUUCUGACACUGCCCCCCCAACAGCCCAGUGGAUAUGGAUCUUGUACGCUUGAUUCGGACUCAGUGCCAGCUCCUCUUCUUCUUAUGCUACUGGUCACCAGUCUCUCUCCAGAAGUUGGAGAUGCCACCCAUUGAAUACGCCCACUCUAUCCGGCUCGAUGGCGACAUAAUCCUGGGUGGGUUGUUCCCGGUUCAUUCCCGGGGUGAGCGCGGCGUUCCCUGCGGAGAGUUAAAGAAGGAGAAGGGUAUUCACCGACUGGAGGCAAUGCUGUUUGCCAUCGACCUUAUCAACAAAGACCCAGAGCUGCUACCCAACGUGACGCUGGGCGCCCGGAUCCUGGACACCUGCUCGCGGGACACCUACGCCCUGGAGCAGUCGCUCACCUUUGUACAAGCUCUCAUUGAGCGCGACGGCUCGGAUGUACGCUGUGCUAAUGGAGACCAGCCCAUAUUUGCCAAGCCCGACAAAAUCGUCGGAGUGAUUGGUGCAGCCGCCAGCUCGGUCUCCAUCAUGGUCGCCAACAUCUUGAGGCUCUUUAAGAUUCCUCAGAUCAGCUAUGCAUCCACAGCCCCGGAGCUGAGCGACAACACUCGCUAUGACUUUUUCUCCCGCGUCGUUCCACCGGAUUCCUACCAGGCCCAGGCCAUGCUGGAUAUCGUCACGGCGAUGGGCUGGAACUACGUCUCCACACUGGCCUCGGAAGGGAACUACGGGGAAAGUGGCGUGGAAGCGUUCGUGCAGAUCUCUCGAGAGAUUGGUGGUGUGUGUAUCGCUCAGUCUCUGAAGAUCCCUCGGGAACCCAGACCUGGGGAAUUCGACAAGAUAAUCCGCCGGCUCCUGGAGACCCCCAACGCUCGGGCCGUCAUCAUGUUCGCAAACGAGGACGAUAUCAGACGAGUGCUGGAUGCUGCCAAGAGGAGCAACCAGACGGGUCACUUUCUGUGGGUCGGGUCUGACAGCUGGGGAGCCAAGAUCUCUCCGGUGAUCCAGCAGGAGAAAGUGGCAGAAGGAGCCAUAACUAUCCUUCCCAAAAGAGCCACGGUGGACGCGUUCGAUCGCUACUUCCGCAGUCGCUCGCUCUCCAACAACAGAAGGAACGUGUGGUUUGCCGAAUUCUGGGAGGAGAACUUCGGAUGCAAGCUCGGGAUGCACGGAAAACGUCCCGGAAGCCUGAAAAAGUGCACCGGGCUGGAGAAGGUGGGCCGUGACUCCAGCUACGAGCAGGAAGGGAAGGUUCAGUUCGUGAUGGAUGCGGUGUAUGCGAUGGCACACGCUCUGCACCGCAUGCACAGGGAUUACUGCUUCGGAUACCCCGGACUCUGUCCCCGCAUGAGCAAUAUCAAUGGAAAGGAGCUGCUGGGAUACAUCCGGAGCGUUAAUUUCAAUGGAAGUGCAGGGACUCCAGUGGUCUUCAACCAGAACGGAGAUGCACCGGGACGAUACGACAUCUUCCAGUAUCAGAUCACCAACAAAUCGACAGCUGAGUACAAAGUGAUCGGCCAGUGGACAAACAAACUGCAUCUUAACGUGGACGGGAUGCACUGGCGGACAGGCGACCCCACUCUCCCCGCCUCCGUGUGUAGUGUGCCUUGCCAGAUGGGUGAAAGGAAGAAGGUGGUGAAGGGUGUGCCUUGCUGUUGGCAUUGCGAGCGCUGCGAAGGCUACCACUUCCAGGCCAGCGAGUUCAUCUGCGAGCUCUGCCCGUACGAGCAGCGUCCGGACCGCAACCGCACCGGAUGCAUCCCAAUCCCCAUCAUCAAACUGGAGUGGCACUCGGCGUGGGCCGCCGUGCCGGUGUUCGUUGCGGUUCUCGGCAUCAUGGCCACUAGUUUCGUGGUGGUUACUUUCGUCCGUUUCAACGACACACCCAUCGUCCGUGCAUCCGGUCGAGAGAUGAGCUACGUGUUGCUGACGGGCAUUUUUUUGUGCUACGCCAUCACUUUCUUGAUGAUCGCCACUCCGACUUUGGCCGUGUGCUCCCUCCGGCGUGUGUUCUUGGGUUUGGGAAUGUGCUUCAGCUACGCGGCUCUGUUAACCAAAACCAACCGUAUCCACCGCAUCUUCGAACAGGGCAAGAAGUCGGUGGCCGCCCCGCGCUUCAUCAGCCCCGCGUCCCAGCUGGUCAUCACCUUCAGCCUGAUCUCAGUGCAGCUGCUCGGCGUGUUCGUGUGGUUCGCCGUCGACCCGCCUCACACGGUCGUGGACUACGGCGAGCAGCGCACGUCCGACCCGGUGAAGGCCCGCGGGGUUCUCAAGUGCGACAUCUCGGACCUGUCGCUCAUCUGUUCGCUGGGCUACAGCAUCCUUUUGAUGGUCACAUGCACUGUUUACGCCAUCAAGACCCGCGGUGUGCCAGAGACCUUCAACGAGGCCAAGCCCAUUGGAUUUACUAUGUACACUACCUGCAUUAUUUGGUUAGCUUUUAUACCCAUCUUCUUUGGCACCGCACAAUCAGCAGAAAGGAUGUACAUCCAGACGACCACCCUCACCAUCUCUCUCAGCCUCAGCGCGUCCGUGUCUCUCGGGAUGCUCUACAUGCCCAAGGUCUACAUCAUCCUCUUCCACCCGGAGCAGAACGUGCCCAAACGCAAGCGCAGCUUCAAAGCCAUCGUCACCGCCGCCACCAUGUCAGGGAAACUCGUGCCGAAGGGAAGCGACCGGCCCAACGGGGAGGUGAAGACCGAGCUGUGUGAGAGCAUGGAGACCAACACAACAUCUUCCACCAAGACGACGUACGUCAGCUACAGCAAUCAUGCCAUCUGAAGAGGGACACUCUCUGUGGGCGGAGCCGAGGGCCGGCCCGUCUGAAGCGGGACGUCUGUCAUGUGACAUGCGCUGACCUGGAACGGGCAUCUGAGCAUGAGAUUUGUAUAUCGUUCUGCAUCAAUCUAAAACCCGCAGCAUCCUGGGAGACGAACGGACAUACGGGACCUUCCAGCGAGACUGCGUUCAAGAGCUACCGAACCUGCCAUGAACACACACGUGAAAACAACGCACACACUCACAAAAAUGAAGGUGAAGGCUUGCAUUCAUACGAAAAAAUAACUUCCCACAAAUAAUCGUGUAAACAUUCUGCAGAUGGAAACGUUCACGGUUAACUUUGGAAAUGUGGAUGUGUAAAAAAAAAAAAAGAGAGAAAAUAUAUGAAAACUAACAGAGUCGAAAUAUGUUUGUUGUUAUUGUAUUUUUGUGGUCGUGCAGAUUUUUUCAUUCUUGUCCCACUUUGUCAGAAACCUGCAUUCUGAGAUGACGUGUCUUGUAUUGGCUGACUGAACCGUAACGCGGGGUUGUGAAGCUGUAAAAUGCCAUGGUGGAAGCAUGCUAGUUUUUAUACCAAAAAAAAAGAUUUAUUUAUAAUAAAGGAAUGUUUUGCAAAUGUG